GUUAUGACAAAAAGGCAGCCUUAAGGCAUCCCUGGCUGGUCUGAUAACAGCAAUGGCACACACAAGUGUGCAGGCAAGCUAUCUUAUCAGAAGUAGCCAGCUGCUAAUACACAGGUUUUCAUGACUUCACGCUGCCUGUGGAAACACAUGAACUCCAGCUACUGUUUGUCUGUGUACAGCACACAGGUAGACACCUAAUCAAAGGAAGGGCGCUCUGGGAUGCAGGAGACACAGAGCCGUCUCAGAUUUAAUCAUAGACUGUACUCACCUUAAAUUAUUUGUCCUUUGUUGUGUAUUGUUUCUCCUGUGCUUAAUACUCACUUAAAGUCAAGUGAAAAAAAGCAAAGACAAAGCUUAUUCAUCAACAUUUCUUUUUUGCUUAAAUUGGAUGUUUUGUGGUCAACGAAAAGCUGUGAUUAAUUGCAUAUGUAAAGAUUUUCAUAUUACCUAUUACAGCAGUGUAUGCAGAUGAGAACUCAGGUGUGCUCUUCUUCUUGUGAACCACUAACUGUGAUUGUAGAUGUAGUUUUUAAGUCAUAGUAAAAAAAGUAAAAUUCUAUAUCUCUCUACCUAUCUAUUCAAAAUUCUAAAAUUCAAAAUCCCUUAAAUCAGUCUAUGUAUGGCCCUUAGCAAUCAAAUGUUAACUAAUUGACUGUGCUGUUAUUCAUUGGCAUGCUGUCUACAUGAGUCCCUUAUCACAGAGCUCUGUUCUCCACCCGGAUCCAUGUGAUAAGACUCACAGAACUUCUUAAAGCUGUUGAAAGGCCUUCAGGAAACAUCUUCUCUGGACCACCUACAGUAUGGUACAACCUGUAACCGCUGUUAUCUUUAGAGGAAGGUCCAGCCUUUUCCUGUUCUGCAGGCUGAGCAAACAAAAAUGUUUUAGUAAACUAAAAAAAAGUCAUUGCCUCCCACAGAUUUUGCAAAAUGAAGGCUAUUAAGACCCGAAGAGACAUGGACCUUGGGUUUGUGUGAAUCUAAUGAGAUUUUUUUAUUUUGCUGAAUAUGAUUUGAUAAAGGACAGCAUAAAUAUGUGGAGACUGAAAUCUAUGAUCAAAUUACUGAUCCUUAUUACAGUUUCAAAUAAGUGAGAAGACAGUGAAACAUUAACUGCUUCUCAUUUUGUUGGCUCCCCAUGUCAAGAGAGACCUCACCGAAUAAAGCAACUCUUUGAUGAAGGUUGUAAAUUAUAAACCUAUGAGAACUCGACUUGACGACUGGUGAAGUGCGGAGCCCACUCUGUGUGAGUGACAAGCCACCGCCGCCCACUCGCCGACAAGCUGGGUGACUCUUAAUUGUGUAAUGUUCAUUGACGAGUCAGCACAAUGCUGCGGAGACCGCGGAGGCACACUUAACCGAGCAGAGUGAUGAAAUGCUCCCAUCGAGGAGAACACAGAUGGACAGCCUAGUUCAGCCGCUCGUCGCCCAGUACCUCGCCAUGGGAUGUCAACCAAAAGAAAACAACCAAAACGAAAGUGUAACGCCGGACGAAAAGGGAAAGGAGGAUGCGAGGGUGACUCCAGGAUGCACCUCCAGGCCUAGAGUUUCUCCCCCAGGCCGCCCUCGCAGGUUCCACAAGCCCAGUCUCACCCAAAGUGUCCCGGCUAAACCAAAUAUGCCCCUGGGACACCUAACCAAGGGGGCAAGCUGGGAGGAGCUCAUCCAGGCCUGUCUGCAGUCCUUUGACUCGGAGGGUUGUGUGUGUGGGAGCAGCCACCUGCUGAACAUCAGCCUGACCAUGCAUCGUCUCCUCAUCUCCUCCGGUGAUCUGCUGGACAAACUCAUCACUUUAUUUAAAAUAGCGGUGGACAAUGAGCAGCCAACGGAGUGCCAGAGGAUAUGCUACUUCAUCAGGUAUUGGGUCCAGGAAUUCUGGAUGAUGUUCCGGUUGCACCACAGCUUGUCAGACAGCCUGGACGAGUUCCGGGAGCUGAUCAGAGAGCAGGGACAGGAGCAUCUUUGCUCUCUCCUAGAGACCAAAUGGAUAAGUGAACGGGACUGGUCGUGGAAGGCCAGCCAGAAGAUCAAAGCUAACUGCAGUAAAAAGAGGAAGGUCUCCCUUCUUUUUGAUCACCUCGAGCCCAUUGAGCUGGCUGAGCAUCUCACCUACCUGGAAUUCAAGUCCUUCUGCAGGAUAUCAUUUGUAGACUUCCAGAAUUACAUUCGCAGCUGCUGCAUGAAGGACAUCCCCGUGAUGGAACGUUCAAUCGCCCUGUGUAAUGGUAUCUCCCAGUGGGUUCAGUUGAUGGUGCUGAGCAGGCCGACCGCUCAGCUGAGAGCUGAGGUUUUCACCAAGUUUAUCCACGUGGCCCAGAGUCUACAUCUUAUGCACAAUUACAACACACUAAUGGCGGUGGUGGGAGGGCUUUGUCACAGCUCGAUCUCCAGACUGAAGGACACCACCUCACAUGUACCCAGUGAGGUCACCAAGGUACUGAACGAGAUGACAGACCUGCUGUCCUCCUGCAGAAACUAUGACAACUAUAGACAAGCUUACAACAGGUGUACAGGUUUUAAAAUCCCCAUCCUGGGUGUCCACCUCAAAGACCUGAUUUCGGUCAAUGAAGCCAUGUCAGACUAUGUGGAGGAUGACAAGGUGAAUGUCCAGAAGCUCCAAGCACUCUACAGCCACAUUAAUGAGCUGAUCCAGCUCCAGCAGAUCCCUCCCAGGCUGGACGCUAACAAGGACCUGGUCCAUCUGUUGACGCUGUCCUUGGACCUUUACUACUCUGAGGAUGAGAUCUAUGAACUGUCUUAUGCCAGGGAACCCAAGAACUGUAAAGCACCUCCAGCCACCCCCUCUAGACCUCCAGUGGUUGUGGACUGGGCAUCAGGAGUUGCUCCUAAACCCGACCCCCGAACCAUCAGUAAACAUGUACAGAGAAUGGUGGACUCCGUGUUUAAGAACUACGAUCACGACGAGAACGGCUUCAUUUCUCAAGGGGAAUUUGAGAAAAUUGCUGCUAGCUUUCCUUUUUCCUUCUGUGUCAUGGACAAAGAGAAGGAAGGCCUCAUCAGCAGAGAGGAGAUCACAGCCUAUUUUAUGCGGGCCAGUGUAAUCUGCUCCAAACUAGGUCUUGGCUUUGUCCACAACUUCCAGGAGACCACUUACAUGAAGCCCACCUUCUGUGAUAACUGCUCAGGCUUUCUGUGGGGUGUCAUCAAGCAAGGCUACAGAUGCAAAGACUGCGGGAUGAACUGCCACAAGCUGUGCAAGGACCAGGUGGCGUUUGAGUGCAAAAAGAACACCAAAAUGACCAACGCCAUCGACAGUCCGACGCCGAGCUCCACACCUGUCACCAUGGGCACCUCAGAGGGUUCAGAGGAGUGUCCUUUCCCCUACCCACCAGAUGACGGCAAAGACUGGAGCCCUGACUCCCCUGUCACCUCCCACCUGAGGCCUCUGAAGGUCCAUAGUGGUACCCAGACGGAGGGACCCCAGCUUUCCUCUGCAGCCCCUGAGGCCACCCGCCUUCAGCCUUCUCUGCUGGUCCCAGCAGCACCCACCCUCGCCUUGUGUCCCAGCCCGGUGCCCCAGAGAAAACAGCGACACUGUGCCAAGUGGGAAAACAGAGAGUCUGUUGUGCCUAAGGAUCCAGAGGAGGAGAGCAAACCUGCCUAUGAAUCUCUGGAAUCAGACAACCUGAGGCUCCAGAAAGCUAACGAUACACUACGUAGGAAACUGAAGCAGGCAGAGCGGGAGGUGGAGAUACUAAAGACUCUACUGAAGAGGCACACUCUCCACCCUGUGGAGGAGGACUCCUCCUCCUAGACACAUACACACAUUGGACCUUCUCCAGGGAGACUGGUGCUGCCCCCGUAUGGUUCCAAUGUUUAACUUAUUGGUCAUGAACAAUGCAAGUAUUUUAUCAGUAUAACAGGACAAAUUGGCAUCACAUGGUAUAAAGUGGCAUAUAAUGCACAUAGCCUGUGUUUUAAUGCUAAUGGUACACAGUUAAUCAAAAAAAGCCAAUCAGUAUGUCACCAAUAAUGAGGUUUUGGAGGUGUGUAUGGAUUUUUUUUGAAAGCAGCUACAGUACACAGCACAGAAAAAACAGUAAAACGACUAAAAACGCUGUAGUGGUAUAUUUAAAGAAGUGUAACGUGAGCAGAUGAAGGCCCUUUACUGCAUUUGUAUUGUUCACCGAAGAAUGAAAGAAUGAAAGUCGUUGCAAUGAGCAUUACUCACUUUAUGUAGUGAACCAUUAAGAGUAGGUGGAAUGGAGUUUCCUAUGUUAAAUCACUGAAUGAAGGAGUGCGGUAUUUUGGAGUGAAAACAGAGCAGAAUGUGUUUGAUCAAUUCCUGAUCAAUAAUGAUACUAGAUAUUUAUGUUAAACAUAAAAAAAUGGAAAUCAGAGUCUGUAGUAAAAUGUAUGAAGCAAAACAGUUUUCAAAAACAAGAAGUUUAUUGCAUUGUUAUCAUUAUUAUUAAUGACGAGGGCCCUCUGAUCAUAGCAGCAGAAUGAAUGUUGGAGGCCUCAGAUGUACAGAACUGUUGUUGCAUCGUUGUCCCUGUUCGUGCCAAUGCGCAAAAUAAGUGCUUCUGUUAAUAUUUAUUGUCUGAAACACUACACAGUUCAUUAAGAGGGUGACUUAAAUGAACAUUUUGUACAGUAUACUGGUACUUUCAGUUAUUUAUGCUUGAAUGUGUUGGCGUCUGAUUGAUUGAUUGAUUUGUUAAUUGUUAUUGUGUGGUCAUGUCAUUGUUCUGUGUGGCCCAUUGUAGCAGUGUUGUGCUGUGAAUGGGAGUUGGGAUACAUGUGUCUGUAAUGUGUGUAAUGUGCUGUAGAUACAAAGUAUACACAAUUAAGUCAAGGUUCAUCCUUUGUUUCAGUAUUGUUCUCUCAUUACAAUAAAUACUGUACAUUCUA